AUGGCACCUCAAAUCCCCAUUCCCGAAAAGCAAUGGGCCCAGGUGGCUGACAAGGUCGGCGGGCCGGUGCAAUAUCGACAAAUCGCCGUCCCAAAGCCGGGCCCCGAUGAAGUCCUCGUAAACAUAAAAUACUCGGGCGUCUGCCACACCGACCUUCACGCGAUGAAGGGUGACUGGCCCCUGGAUGUGAAAAUGCCCCUGGUGGGUGGACACGAAGGGGCUGGUGUCGUCGUCGCCCGCGGACAGCUGGUCACCGACGUCGAAAUUGGUGACCAUGUUGGCAUCAAAUGGAUCAACGGGUCAUGUCUGUCCUGCGACUUCUGCGAGAGUGCAAACGAACCCCUGUGCCAGAAGGCGAUUCUUUCGGGUUACACGGUGGACGGGACGUUCCAGCAGUACUGUAUUGGGAAGGCGGCACAUGUCACUCCCAUCCCCAAGGACGUGCCGCUGGAUCAGGUAGCGCCCAUUCUCUGUGCCGGAGUGACUGUUUAUAAAGCGCUGAAGGAAAGCAGAGCAGCACCCGGCCAGGCGGUGGCGAUUGUCGGGGCUGGAGGUGGGCUGGGGUCGUUGGCACAGCAGUAUGCCAAGGCAAUGGGGUUGCAGACUAUUGCCGUUGAUGCGGGCAAUGAGAAGAGAGAGUUGUGUAUGAAGAUGGGAGCGACGGCCUUCGUCGACUUCUCCAAGUCCAAAGACCUCGUUGCCGACGUGAAGGCCGCCUCUCCCGACGGACUCGGCCCACAUGCCGUGUUGCUCAUGGCUACUGCUGAACUACCGUUCCAGCAGGCGGCAGGCUACGUGCGGCCAAGAGGCACCAUCGUCGCCAUCGGCUUGCCGGCGCAUGCCAGGCUACAAGCACCCGUAUUCGACACGGUGGUGCGGAUGAUCACUAUCAAGGGCAGUUACGUGGGUAACCGGCUGGACGCGAAGGAGGCGGUUGACUUCUUCUGCAGAGGCUUGAUCCAGGUGCCAUAUAAGACAGUGCCAUUGCAGGAGCUGGGGAAUGUUUUUUCGCUGAUGGAUCAGGGGAAGGUUGCAGGCCGCUACGUCCUCAAGAUGCCAGAGUAG